AUUUUACUUGGAGGGAUUCACAUAGAAUGCCUUUAAAACAACAACAUACUUGCAGCACUUACAAAUAUUUUGUUUUGUUCGUUUUUUAACUUAUUUGUUUGUAAUUUACUAGUUGAUUAAAUGUAAAUAAAAUUUAGAAAUGGUUAUUAAACGUAACCGUUAUGCAGAAGACCUGAGAAGGAAGGCAUUACUGAAAUACAAAUUUAAAAAGGUGGUCCGCGAAGUCAUUAUGAAUAGCCAAUGGCUUGAUGAAAAUUAUGAAGACCAGAAAAUUUCCGCAAACGUUAAAAAAAAUAUCGCUCUAAUGAUGCGCACGAAACGAAGAGUUGGAAUCCUAACAAUAUAUGAAAAAUCUCUAAUACGAACUCCACAUCAUUUGCGGACAAUAUCUGAUCGAUCCAAACUAUGUAUUCUGUUUGCUGGAUUGAGAUGCUUCCUUUGUAUUCCCCCAAAAUUGCGUGCUCGUGUGGUUCCUGUCAUUAAAUACAUGUCAGCUAAUCCAGGCCGUACAAUUAUAAGACAGGGAGACGAGCCGCAUAUAAUUUUUUUUAUUGUAGCGGGAGAAAUUGGGAUGUUAAAGCAAUCUGAUCGCAAGGUAAAGUUAAAUUCUAAUUACAAGUUCAAGCUUAUAGUUUUUCCAAAAUUUAAGUCUAACUGCGAAAUCAGUUUUGGACCUGGUGAUUGCAUUGGCGAUAUAGAAAUAAUCGAAGACCGCCCACGCGAUUACAGUUAUGUAGCUACAUCGCAAUGCGAACUCCUGGUGCUAGUCGACAAUGAUUUCAAUUCGAUCCUCAAGCCUUACAUGCAGAAGGUUUGGAACGAUAAGAAAGCAGCCUUGAAGGCUUUAGACUACUUCGAUUUUCUCAGCGAAGAUCAAAUUUUGAAAGCAUGCAAGUUAUGUACGCUUAAGCAGUAUAAGCCCUUGGAUACAAUUUACAGUCACGAUAGAGGAAAAUUGACAAAUGUUCAUUUCGUCUUAAGUGGGCAAUGUUUAAUUCUCCAGUGUCUUAAUAUGAAGGUCAUUGUGAAGAAUGGGAAAAAAGGGUACGAGUUGGUGGACACUUUGGAUGGUGAAUUUUUAAAUAUGAAUAGUAAUAACAGUAUCAACAAGCGUGAGGUCAAAAGUCCGUCUAUGUUCGCCGCACUGAAUGCGAUCCAUGACAACGAAAAGGAAUCGUUUGGAUUAUUAAAGAUCUUGGCUGGAUGUGAAUAUGACAAAAAAACCUCAAAGUCAGCAUUAACAUCACUACAAUAUCAUGCUCGUUCAAGCAGCAUUAAAUAUUUCGAAUAUUGUGACGAAGACAUGGUACCCAUUGAUGAAACCCACUCCAGCUCAGUAGAAAUAUUCGAAAACAAAUUACAAAAAAUUUCCUCUAACAGCCAUAAUAAUGUAACUGAAACCGACAAUAGUGAAAUUUUCUCCGUUUCAUCAAGUUCUAGUAGCUCAUCAAGAAAAAGUCCAAGUGCGGACUUAAUCGAAAACCAUUUUAUUGAUGUUGGAUCUCUUACGUUUGGUGGAAUAUUUGGACUGGGUGAAAAUAUGCUUCAUCGUGUAAUAAUGGCACGGAGUACGGUGCAAUGCUUGUUGCUUCCCAGAUUUUUUCUAUUCGAUAACGAACAAAAUCCAGGAAACAUUUGGCAACGGAGACUUUUUUACCUGGAUUGUAUCAUUCCAUCGAGAGAAUCUUUGUUCGAUAAUUUCCUAAAGACCUUAAAGUGGAACAAAUUUAAAAUUGAUUUAAUCAAGAACUUAACACUUAACACAAAAGAUAUCGCCAAGUUUGAUGAUAUACCAAUUUUAUGUCGCAUUGAAGAAGACAGCGAAACGCAAUGACAUUUUUCGUUAUAUAUUUGUUUGUUUCCGCACAGAAUUAAUUAUUAGUGUGUCGCGAGAUUAAUAUAUAUAAUACAUUCAAUAAAUAUAUUUAUUUUGA